GACGCCAGUCAGAUGUACUUAAUCAUCAAUAAUCCUGCCAGUCAAUUUCUGUACGUUGCGUAUCAAGGAUACAAGACGAAUGCUGGCCAAAGGGGCGGCAGGUCGUUCCCAUUCGGGAUCUGGGGGUGCCCUCCUAGGCGUGUGUGGGGUUGGAGAACAGCGGUGGUCCACGGCAAGACAAGAACAUGGGGAGCUGACGGACCCCAUGGGAGUUGACGGGCAGGCAUGUUCUCCAACGAUCUCCCGGCGCAUGCCAUUACGAGGUCGAGCGCGCACAGGUGCCCGCACAUGCCCACAGGCCACGAUGCGGGCGCGAGAAAAGAUUGUUGAAGCAAGGGCCGCGGAUGGGCUGGAAGCUUGGCUUGCCGCUCCCGCUGCUGACGGCGGGGGAGCGGAAGUGAGGCUUGGCCGCAGCGUCCCGGCCCACGAUAAGCAAAGAUUCAUGCAGCGGCGGACAGAGAGCAAUUUGUCGGCACGCCCGCAAUAUGGCGUGUUGUGCGGAAAUUCGAGGGUGAUUUUUGACGGCACAAUAGUCCAGAGACGAAGUUGGCCAGACUGCGAGGGAGCGGCAUCAGCUAUCUAUGGCAAGUCUGCAGCGGUGCGUAUCUCUGCAUCCCACGGCCGUGGUUCGACGAUCCGGCUAGUGUUGGUAAACCCUCAGGGAUGCGAUUGGCUGCUUUCUGGGGUCCCUAUCUGUGGCUGCUGCUCCCUGUGCACAACCCCCACUAAACGCCAUGUCGCUGCUGGGCAAUGGCAAGGAAUGCUGCGCUCUUCAAUAAUCCCCCGGCGGCACAGCCCUGCAUGUGUGCGCCCUCACCAUCAUUUAUACCUUAGGCCAUUGCUGCCUCGCGUGUCAGCCCCGUCUUGUCAGCUUCCCCAGACUGCCAUCAUCAAAGCUGAGCUCUGCGCCUACAGCUCUCUGCUUCGUUCUUUCGCUUUUCUGAAUUUUUACAAAGUAUUAGCGCCCGAGCGCAUUAUUUCUUUUCGCUGGAAUAUCAUUCUUCCCAGCUGAAAGAUUUGGCUAGGUGGUUUGCUACUAUGUCCGCCUCCACGGACUUGCCAUAUGUCCCUUUCCAAGCUUUCCCGUCUGAUGCUCCGAAGACAGGUGGGGACAGCUUAAAGGAAGAUCUCAAUGUCUACUACGAGGUUAGUAUUCUCACAGGUUACCUGCUGUGAGCUGCUUAACUAAUUUUCUGUUCGGCAGACAGGAAACAUCGCAUGGAUCAUCACAUCCACAGCUCUCGUGCUGCUUAUGAUUCCCGGUGUGGGGUUUUUCUACU